CCGCUGCAUAUACAACACCUAAGUACUUGAAAGGCAUACUUAUCUAACUUGAACUCCUUAGUGGGGACUUUCUGUGUCCAAGUGUUUCUGAUAAAAAGUCUGUAAAAUUGCAACUCGGCAGUCCAAAAUGGCAAUCAGCACUUUGGGUUAAUCGAACAGAACAAGGCAGUUCUGAAAUGGCCUAUUUAGGUCAUACCUAUUUAAGCCAUGCAUCCCUAUUUAUCCCUGUCUGGAUAAACUUGAAUGGAAAACCGCUUGACAGAAAUUUAUGCCAAGUCAAUAAAAAGUUCCCCAGUAAUGUCACUGGAUUAUAUGUUCUCUCCUUCAGAAACCAACAGUGGGCUGCCACACCAGUGAGGCUGCUGUCCAAGUUUGAUUCUAGAUAUCAUAGCUGUUCACUGAAUAAGUUCUUUUUGCAAUCAGAAUCACAUAUAAGCCAGUUUCAAAGUGAUGGUGGAUGUUUUCUGUCUGUUCUAAGAAUCAGAAGUACAGUAAUUUUUCUGACCACAGCAAAAUGGUCUUAUUACUUCACAAGUCACAGUAGAAUUUCAUGUUAAAGACAUGAUCCUAUUGUAAGUGGUAAUAUCUGGUGUAAUUUUCUGCCAGCUUGAUUAUUCUGCCACAUAUAGACGGAAGUCACAUAAAACCAGCACAAGUGUGAAGGGAAUCAUGAUCUCUCUCAGAUAAUUUUUGAAUAUCAAUGAGUUAUCCUAAACCUGUUACAAUGAGUCUCAUUUCUUAAAGCAUGUGGACCAUAAACAGUUUCUAAAAGCUGACUGUUCUCAUGGUCUCAUAAAAUAGUCACUUCCCAGUGGACUGCAGCAUACAGCCUGAAUGCCAUACGCCUGACAAAAUUCUCAUCCCAGUUAUGUAUAGAAGUGGUCUGUAAGGCUCCAUAAAUAUUUCCUACCACAGUAGAUAAGUACAUAUACAAAGCCAUAUUAAGUAACAUCAAAAGCCCAUCUAGAUCAACAUCUGACAGGCCAGCAGUAUCAAAAGAAGCAAGUAAGACAGUAAUUUAGCAGUGUCUCCACAAUAAAGCCUUUUGCUCUCAAGUCACUUAUGGCUCAAGGACAUCCUGAACCAGGGUGGCACCUUCGUGAUUAAAGUGUUAGGAGGUCUUUAAACAUAUCUCAUUAAUUGCAGCCUGUUUCACAUCCUUCUAAAGUUUCCAGAAACAUUUUAACCAAGUUAAAAACAAUCAAACUAACACAUAGUCACCACACUGACCUUCUGUAAUAUUUCUUUGUUGUUUCUCUUGCUUCUUUGUCCAGCACAUUCACCUUGAACACUUUUGAAGUCCCCACAAAAGCUGUAGAAAGCCUCCAAACUUCUGUCUGACUGAACAAAUUAGAAUUGAACAGGAGGCAGAGUCAGAUGGCACACAAAGCAAGAGAGAUUCACUGCAAAUGCAUGAGGCAUUCACUCCUGAGGAGUGAUGAUACUUUUUUCUGCCUGUUGCAUCUGUGGACUAAUCGGAGGAAUCUUAAAUUUUCAAUUUCUUCGUGCUCUGACAAAGAAGUCGUCUGCUCUCUAUUCUUUGCAUCUUGCCUCCAUGUCUCUUGCAUGCAUUGGAAUUGGCGGUUGCACCCUUUCUUCAUGGCUCACUUGUCGGCUAGCCAGCUAUGAACAAAGGCGAAUGUUCUCAGAAAGAGAACAUUCAUUGCAUCACUCCCAUGAAAUGGCAGAAAAAAGAUUGAGGGGUAUUGAAAUAACCGACCUGCCCAGCUGCCCGGUGGUUCCCCCGACACCAGAGUUACCUCCAAGGAAAUGACAGACAACCUAAGCAAUGGUGGCCCACAUCUGAUUUAUAAUGGAAGUGUAUAUUGAGAGAUUUUUAAAAGUUCCAUGGAAAGAAGUGGUUUUAGAACUUUCUUCAGGAAAAAAAUAGACUCCAAGGAAUUGAAAAAAUUGAACUAUCUUAGCUUUUAUGGCUCCAAUGUCACAACUGCAGAACAGCACAGUUGCAUUUCCCUUUUAGAAACGUGUUCAAAAUUUGUCUCCUAAACAUUUGGAGGAUAUACAAUAUUUAUUCACUUCCUGGCUACUCUCUUUUUUUUUUUUUUUUUGUCUGAAUAACUUUUCAGAAUUAUGGUAGUAUUUGAAACAGACUUCUCAAGACUCUUCUUCUCAAAAAGACUCAAAAUCAAGAAAAAAAAAAAUCAAAGUGGGCUACAUUUAGCCUGGUCCAGGAUCUUUAAAGAGAAGAGAAGAGGGCAGAGGAAGGAUGGUUCAGGGGAAUCUUUUUCUCCUCUCCACUUAGCAGCAUCUGGUGUAAUAUGACGGCUUCAGAUCAUCUGGCAUGGUACCAGCAACACAUCUGCACAGUCCUUCUCCCCAAAUGCAUCCAGCCUCAGUUUUCCCAGUAGAUCAUAUCAAAAGAGAGUGCAAAUUACUCUUCCAAAAGGCUCCCAUUUCACAUUCAGAGUGUAAAUGAAGUGUGCUGAAAACACCACCAAUGUCUUUGUUUUGAAAGACAGAAUGCUCUAAGAAUGCCAUAAAUCAAAACCUCAACAAUGCCUUGUUGUAAAGAAAUUGUAAAUAUUUCCAAUUUGUGAAUGAAGUAUAUUUCGUAAUUUGUUCAUAAAAGAUAACAAAUAAAAUGAAAUCUAAACCACA